AUGGCGCUCCUCAUUACCCCCACUUCUGCGACGGCAACAAUCACUGUGACUAAGACCCUAUAUGACAUCGUUUCAUUAACUACCUUAAGCACCGUCAUCAGCCAAAGUCUCACUGCAAAUAUCGCUAAUGCUACACCAACCUUUCCAAUCAACGGCACAACAUCCACAUUUUCACCUUAG